AAAAACAUAUUUGAUUUAAAAAAUAAAAUUUUUUAAUUAAAACUAAGCGACCUAAAAGAAAAUAAACAACCGCAAAAGGCGAAGGAAGAGACUCUAACUAAGAAAAACCAACAAACUCGUAUUGUUUGCUCAAUCAAACACAGUUUCACUUUCAGUUGGUGGCAGUGUUGUAAUAGCAAAAUCAACAACAACAACAACAACAACAACAACGCCACAGCCACAGCAGUAAUAAUUGCAACAAAAGUGAAGUGCGAAGUGCAAAAUUCAACGCCAACUGUAAACAUAUUUCCAUUGAAAAACAGCAACAAAAUACACACACACACACACACAAACAGUGAACAAAGCAUUUAUACGCAUUUUCAAUUCGCACAUUUUCCAACUUUAAAUUUUUGCUCACUACUUUUCGUCGCCAAUUUCGGCUUCGUCGAUUUUCGUCGUUUCGCUGAAAAAUCGCGCGUAACGCGUCGUCCUCUAUACAAACGUUCGUCUUCUGUCUCUACGCGCUGCUUCUUUUUCUCCAACUUCUGCAACAGCCUAGUCUGUGAGAUUGUGUGUAAUUUCUUGCCACUUCGUGUUCAGCUAACAAUUUGCCACACACAAACACGCAUACAUACAAACAUAGACAACUGUGUCGCCGCCCGCUUGCCGUGUGCGAAUUCGCUUUGCAGAGCUUUUUUUGGAUAAUUUGCGGGCCUUCAGACUUCAGACUGUGUUAAUCUUUUAGAAAUUAAUAAAUUAAUUAGGAAUCAGCAUCAAUAUUUUUAACAAAAUGUCACACAACAUUGCAAUUUUAUUGGCGAUUGUCGCGUCAAUUGUCACAACAUGCACAUCACUGCCAGAUUAUCACAAACAAAUGUCCCCCACACAGUUGCAAUCGGUAUUCCAUGUGGAGAGUGCGGAUGCUGUGCCACAUUACGAAGUCGUACAGCUGCUACAUCACAGUUUCGAUGAUGGCGUGGCAGCAGCGGCGCCAUUGCCUGAACACUAUCGUCGGCGGAGACGACGUAGCAUAAACAGCAUUUCGUUGGACACAGAUGUACGUGUACCACUCAAAGAGCCACAUCAUGUGAAAAAGGAUUUGAGUAAAAACCCUUACUACAGCGAAUUAAAAGCGGCAGCCAGUGCACCAGGUGCUGGUGGUGCGAAUAGUUUAGAGCAAGCGACGCGUGGCAAAUUUGCAGGCGAUUUACGUGAGCUGAAGGAGCAUAAGGUGUCAUUGAAUGCAUUUGGUGAGAAUUUGAAUUUGACGCUGAAGCAGACAGAUAGUCUCUUCAAGGGCGGUUCGCCGCACUCUUUACGCAUGUGGACAGUGCGUGAGGAGGCGAAUGCGACGCAUGGACUGGAUAUGGAGGAGGUGUUCGAUGAGGAUGCCCAAUCCAGCGACCAAAUUGGUCAAGUGUAUCAAGACGAAAGCAAUAUGGCGGCCAUAUUGAUGCGUCGUCAUCUGGAGACUGGUGAUUUAAUAAUGGAGGGUAGCAUUGGACAUGAAAUGGUGAUAAAACCGCUGCCACAUGAGCUGAGUCCAAAUCCAGACGCAGCACACCACAUUGUCUACAAACGUGAUGCACAACCACUGGAGCACCUAAGCGAUUUUGCUUUUAUGGAGCCCGAUGACAUGGCUACUAGCGAAAAACUUGAACGAUUGCAACAGCGACGUCAGCGUCGUUCGGCGCCAUUUGACGAUGAUGAAGCAGCGCUAGAGGAAUUAGAUGAUGAAUUGGAAACUUUGUCAGCGGAGGCUACGAAUACGCGCAAUAAACGUCAAGUGCCGUACAUAAUCUAUCCUGAAGUGUUGGUUAUCAUCGAUUAUGAUGGCUAUCGGUUGCAUGGCGGUGAUAAUUUGCAGGUGAAACGCUACUUUGUUUCAUUCUGGAAUGGCGUGGAUUUGCGUUAUCGUUUACUAAAAGGCCCAAGAAUACGCAUUAGCAUAGCUGGCAUCAUUAUUUCGAGGGGAAGAGAUGCAACACCAUACCUGGAGAGGAAUCGUGUCGGACGAGAUGCCAUCGAUUCAGCGGCUGCCUUAACCGAUAUGGGUAAAUAUUUAUUCCGUGAGCGACGUUUGCCCGUCUACGAUAUUGCAGUGGCGAUAACAAAACUUGAUAUGUGCAGACGUACAUCAACUUAUGGUGAAUGUAAUCGUGGUACAGCAGGUUUUGCAUAUGUUGGCGGUGCCUGCGUUGUGAACAAGCGCUUGGAGAAAGUCAAUAGUGUUGCCAUCAUUGAGGAUACUGGCGGUUUCUCUGGCAUUAUUGUUGCUGCUCACGAAGUUGGACACUUGCUUGGCGCCGUGCAUGACGGCUCACCACCACCCAGCUACCUUGGCGGUCCGGGUGCGCAACGUUGUCGCUGGGAAGAUGGCUACAUAAUGUCCGAUCUGAGACAUACGGAGCGUGGUUUCCGGUGGUCACCAUGCACCAUACAGAGUUUCCAUCAUUUCCUCAACGGCGAUACCGCCACCUGCCUGCAUAAUGCACCACACGAGGACAGCGCGCUGGGACGCGCCCUACCCGGCACACUGCUAUCGCUGGACGCGCAGUGUCGUCGCGAUCGUGGCACGUAUGCGUGCUUCAAGGAUGAACGUGUCUGUGCGCAGCUGUUCUGCUUCGAUGCGCAGACGGGCUAUUGUGUGGCAUAUCGGCCGGCAGCGGAGGGUUCCACGUGCGGCACGGGGCUGCAAUGUUUGGAUGGCCGGUGUACGCCACUACCCUCGAAUGUUAUACCCGCCUAUCGGUCAUACAAUGACAACAGCGCGGAAAGUUCUGAAAAGAGUGGCGAGGAAGAUGAAGAUGAAAAUGAGGACGAAGAUGUUGAGGAACAUAUUUAUAAUGAAGAACGGCAAGAUCAGCAGAAUGUGUUGGACAGUCGUGCGAACACGCAGACCUCUCGCGAAAUUGAUGACUCCUCAGACCCAAAACGUAUAACAACAAAAACUGUAACCACCACCAAUACGUACACACCAACACAGACGAACUCACGCACAACAAUUACUUUGGAGACACACUCACGACACCACAACAACAAUCCACGGCAAGUGCAACUUGGUACUUUUGAAUUUUUAGCCAGGUUCUUAGCACAAAAUCCACAAUGGCAACAGCUAUUGGGACAAGCAGCGCAUGCGAAUACGCUUGCCGGAGCAGCAGCGACGAACGAUGCUGAUGUUGCGUCCAAGCAAAGUGGCGUGGUGGCGCCACAGCAGACACAACCACCCACAAAAUUGCCACAGGGCACAGUAGUGGUGAAAACGAGCGUGAGCAGCAGCACGAGUAGUAGUAGUGGCAAUGGUAGUAUACACAAUAGUAAUAGCAAUAGUAGUGAUAGACAAAAUAUGGGUAAUAGUAGUGAUGUGAAGAACGGGGAGAACACUGAAAAUGGUGAUGCCAUAAAAGAGAGCUUAAAGAGCAAUGAAAAAAUGCUUGACAUUGAUAAACUGUUGAAAAAGGAUGAAGUGGAUGUUGAAAGGAGUGAACAAUUUGAGCAUAAAGAAAGCAGAAUAAAGCAAAAAGUGCAAGCAGAGAGCGAAACAAAACUAGAACAAAGAGAAUUUGAAACAGAUAUAGGAACAGAAACAGAAACUCUAACACCAAUCCUACAAAAACCCCAACAAGCAAUCGAAAAAUCAACACAACACACUACACUGGCAAAAGUAACACAAAUUCAACAACAACAAAAACAAAUACAUACAGUUACGGUACCCGCACCCACACCCGCCCCACCACCACCAACCACAACAACAACAACCCAUAAGCCUAACCUCUUUCAAUUUUACACGCAUGAAUUACGCAAGCAAAUACAAUAUUAUUUAGGACUUUUGCGAGCGAACGCUGGCGAUAGCGUCAGCGCUGGCGAUAAUAGUAGUAGUAGUGGUAGUAUUGUUAGUACUAGUACAGCCAAAAUAGAUCCCAAGAUUACCGCUACAACCACAACAAAUUCAAAUUAUAGCAAUACCGUUAGCGCUGCCGCCAAAUUGCAACUGCAUGCAACAACACUGCACAACAACGAUGAUGAGGACAACGACGACGACAACACCGAGGACAAUAUUGAUGACACCAAUGUGGACGUUGACGACGAUGACGCAAGCAAUGAGGCAAUUGAUGACAAACAACAAAAACGUAAGUUUAAUACAGCAACAACAGUGAGCGUAAAUGCACAAAAACAACAACCACAACAACACACACAACAAUCGCCGCCACCGUCCGCACUCACGCGCAGCAGCACCACCAAUAGUAGUAACAGUGGCGGCAGCAUCAACGCGCUGCAACGACCUGCCACAUUUAUUGAUGCAUACUUGAAAAAAUUACAAGCGCUAAAUACGCCAGCGGAUGCAAGAGCAAGCGUAACGGCCACGACAACGAGUACAACUAUGUCGACGUCGAGUGUGAUAGGCGGCGCUACCGUUGGCAAAGCAGAGCCAAAGCAAGGAACGAUCGAGAGCGAAACGGAGAAGCGUAGACAAACGGACACAUUUGGCAGCCAUUUUCUCAAGCGUACGCAAAUUUCAAAUUCGAAUAGUAGAAGUAGUAGUGUCGAUGGUAGUAGUGUUGGUAGCAACAGUAAUGAUAAGCAUGGUAUUAGUAGUAGCAAGAAGAACAACAACAUCAACAACAACAAACAAAGUAGAAAUCACAAAAAACUAACACGCAUUUCAAACCACAAUGCUGCCCCAACAUACAAUCAAGAACAAACUGAAUAUGGUAAUGAUAACGAAAAUGAAAAUGAACAAGAGCAACAUGUUGUGAGAAAUGUGGGGGAAUUGCUGCGUAUUACGACCACAACACAACAGCCUGCUUACGUAACAAAUUAUUUAGGCGAUAAUACAAACAAUUUGCCGCGAUUGCGAUUGCUAGAACGGCAAGAACACGAACAACAGUCAUCAUCAACCAAAACAGCAGCAACAACAGCUACAACAUCCUCACAACCCAAUCACCAACAAUCACAAUCACCACUUCAACAGCAAAAAGCACAUAAAGUUAAAACACAAAAAUUAAUACGUCGUCAAUUAUUGCGCACACAAAUUAAAUGAGAGCAUUACGCGUAUUCUGUAAAAAAAACAAGUUGUGCAUGCGUUUUGCACUUGAGCGUGUGAGUGAACGCAAUGGGCAAAAAAAUAGUUUGUACUUUUAUUUAUACAUUUAGCGUUAAAAGGAAGAAAAAAGGAUUUCAUUUCUCGACCACUUCAUACAUACAUAUGUAUAUGUAUUCAACUUGUCUAAAUACCGUUACAUUAAGCCAUCAAUCAUUACACACUACUCUACCUAACGGCAGGUAAUGUCAGCUGUUAUUGACAUUCAGCUGGUGUGCUGAAGAAACAGCUAAAUUGCACAUAAAAUCAAUUUCACUUUCUGCGGAAAAUAAGAAGCAAAAAAUCCAAUGUUCAUACUCUAUCAUUCAAAGACAACAACAAACUUUCGUUUCGCACCUAUAAAUACGCGUGGUUAACUGGAAGGCGUUUCCUUUUUGAAGAACAAAAUCUAAUUUAGUUCCGUUGCUGACAAAUCGAAAAUGUGGCCAUGCGUUUUGAUGUUAAUUAAUUGCUUUGCUCUAUCAACGAUCUGGUGACCUGAUUUUUAAACCAUACCAAGGAGAAACAUGGAACACAGCAAAACGAGUGUAGCAGCAAAUGGCGAUUGUAGCAGCGGUAACAGAACUAAAAUAACAACAUUGAAUAGCCGAACGAACAGACGAAUGAAAUCAGGAAAUUAAUUAGCAGCAGCAUAGAAAAUACAACUCAUCGCCAUUUUGAAGUUUUGCAUAUACAUUACAUACAAACAUACAUUUAAUGGAAACUUAAGAUAUGCAUACAUACAUAGUUUAAAAAGGUGUGAAAACAAAGCCUGCCAAAACAUAAAUCCAUUAAAUCAUCCAUAAAUAUUUACUCGUACAUAUUGCAUUACAAAACAUUUUUUAAAAUUUUCGUUUAUGCAAGCACAAGUCCAUACACAGCCUAAAUUAAAGUUUAAACUCAACCGUGUAUCGUACGUAGAUAAGGCAUUGAUCAAAUACUACAACCACACUUGUGAGCAUCCGUAUUUAAAUUUUACACUCAUACACACAUGCGUUAACAUAAAAGAGCGAGCAUAGUUAGAAUUUAUAUUGUUUUAGGUUUUAGUUAUAAAAAAACAUGUCCAUGUAUACAUACAUAUGUUAGUAUACUCAUUUGUAUAUGUAUUUUAAUGAAUAAUUUUAUUUAAUUUAAUUGUAUUUUUUAAAUAAAUUUUGUUUUUUUGUUUAUUUGUUAAAAAUGUAGAAUGCCGUAGUGCAUUAGUAUGAACAC